GUGAGGGUAGGAAAAACAAGUAACUUUACACUGAUAUUUUAAAAUAUCUUUAUUUAAUAAUAAAACGGAUUAGCAUUAGCAACAUAUAUCGUACUUGUAAAGUGUCUUUAGUUUCACAUGUGGUGGCAAUAUAUAAAUAUAAGGACGUGAUUAGUCAGUGAUACUAGUGUUAUGAACUUAUAAAGUUUACACGAUGAAAUACUCCACUUCGCCCACUCCCUCAACGUCGUCCUACCCCAGGAGCACCUCCCCUCUACCAGCCCCAGCGAACUACCAGCCAACUACUGCCAGUGCGGCGGUCAAACGUUACAAAUAUCUGAGAAGGUUGUUCAAAUUCAACCAAAUGGACUUUGAGUUUGCUGCUUGGCAAAUGGUGUACUUAUUUGUUGCGCCGCAGAAGGUUUUCAGGAAUUUCAAUUAUAGGAAACACACAAAAUCACAAUUUGCGAGAGAUGACCCCGCAUUCCUAGUGCUAUUAAGUGUAUGGCUAUUUUUAUCAUCCAUGUGCUUUGCCCUGGGCAUGGGUCUGACUUGGGGGCAAAUAGUGCUGUUUGUACUUUUUGUUGUUUUCGUGGACUUCAUUGGAACUGGUACCCUGGUCUCCACACUCUUCUGGUUCAUCAGCAACAAAUACUUGGCAGUUGACGGUGCGGGCGGAGACGUCGAGUGGGGCUACGCUUUCGACGUUCACAUCAACGCGUUCUUCCCGCCACUAUCGCUGCUACACUUUUUCCAGAUACUGCUGUUUCACAAUCUCCUCAGCAACAAAAAUUUCCUGGCGUGCUUCGUAUCGAACACAUUCUGGCUUGCCUCGAUUGUUUACUAUCUGUACAUCACGUUCCUAGGAUACAGUAAUUUACCGAUGAUCAAAAACGCAAGGGCAUUCCUGUUGCCACUUCCCGGACUGUUUAUCCUGUACAUAGGAACUUUGCUUGCCAACUGGAACUUGAGUCACAUGCUCAUGGAUUUCUACCAUUACAGAGUUCUUUAGCAAAGACUGACCAAUUGUAGAGAUAAAAUAAAUUUCUUCAAGAGAAAAUCCUUUAUCAUGUCAGUUCUGACCAAACAAGUUAUUAUUUAACUAUGUAUCGGUGAGCACCUAACGAGUCACUGGAUGGGCUUUUUUCCCUAUUGGUCACAACCAACAGACAAUGUUAUUCCUAACGAGUCACAAUAUGACACGUUUGGAUGUGACUCGUUGGGAACUCACCCAUUUAUCCAUUAUAAAAACGGACUGUAAUAUAAUUAAUCCGUUGUGUAAAUUAUGUGAAUUAGAAAUAAUUGUUAUUAUAUUAAAAAACUCACCAGCAAGUUUGUCUUGCAUUUAAAUGUUUUACUCCGGGGAUACCAUGUGGAACUCUAAAAUAGUUGUCGUAUUUCAAUAAGAUAUAAUUUUCACAUUAAAAAUCUUUAUUUUA